AUGUUGAAAAGACAAAGAGAACCAAGUCCGGAAACCGCUGUUAAGCAGAGAAAGUUGGAACAGAGGCUUCCCUCCUUACCAGUACAUGGAAAAAGACCUAUACUGAAGGCAAGACUGUCAUGGACGGUCAAAGGAAAGGAUGAAGGCGCCCAAGGGUCUUUCCUGUUCGACACCGGUUGUACAGGAGCUAUCCUCAAUCAGAGUUUUGUCAGGAAACAUGGAAUUCCCUUAGUGCGGCGGGAUCAACCUCUAACAAUGUUUGAUGCUCAAGGAGAUGUCAUGAUGGGAGGAGGCGAGUGUUACACUCACCCGGUCCGUAUGACUAUGGGAGAUCAUAAAGAGACACUCCGAUGGGAGUGUUACGGGCAUGCCAAGCAUUUACGGGAGUGA